AGCUGUCUAAAGCAGAACAUUCCACCUUCUGUAGACCAAACGCUCCAGGCAGAAGCUUCAGUGAUUGCACAGUGCUACAGCAGAGGACAGCGAUGGAUCAUAAGGCUGGAUGCAACAGGGCUGUCCUGGUCUCAGUGGCUCAGUUUGACUAUGGGGUGAAUCUGGGUAAGAGGCCUGGAGUGAAGAGGGAUGACAAAAAACUGCACCGCAUCCUCCGAAAACUGGGCUUCAAGGUGGACAUCCACAACGACCUCAGCAGUGAGGAAAUCUAUCAGCUGUUCUAUAAAGAGAGCAGGCGUCCUGUGAGCGAUUGUUUUCUGGCUGUCUUGUCAUCUCAUGGACAGGAAGGUUGCGUGUUUGGGGCUGAUGGGAAACCAGUGUGGCUGUCUCAGAUUUUUAACUACUUUGACAAUAAAUACAUGGAGAAAAAAGCCAAACUGUUCCUCAUACAGGCCUGUCGUGGAGAUGGUGUGGACGACGGUGUGGAGGUGGAUUCAGUAAAUGACACCACGGAUACUAGUUUUUCACCAUAUCUCUCUGUACCCAUAGAUACGGCUGUAAUGUACGCAACAGCACCAGGUUAUGGUGCUUUCACACAUCCGUACGGAUCAGUCUUCCUCCAAACGUUCUGCACUUUAUUAGAAGAAGAAGGCAAUCGUAACCUGGAGCUGACUCGACUGAUGACUCGCCUCUGUCACCGCGUGGCCUACACCUUCCAGGCCAAAGGUGCAGUCUUUGGUGGGAAGAAAGAAAUGCCCUGCCUCAUGACACGACUGACCAGAGAUGUGUUCCCGUUCGCUGAAGCAGGAAAAGACACCGGGGUCUCAGGACUCACAGCUACUUCACUGAUUGGCCCCGAAAAUAUCCGAAAACGGAGUCCUUCCAUCAGUUAGACUGGAGUAUCUGAGCAUACGUGACUGGAUUUGACAGUAAAUGAUUGAAAAUGACAGCAGGAAUGUGGAUGGAUGAGGGAAGAUAUGAUCCCAGAUAUCACAGACUAAAGUCUCAACAUGCAAACAGACUUUGUUUGGCAAACGUUUGUACAUAAACCUGAGGAUUGUGUUAAUGUAAAGUGGAAAUUUGUAUUUUCUGUGUAUUUUAAAUAUACUGUACAUUACUAUAUUAAACUUAAUAGUGUAGCAUUCUGUACAGUCAUAUUUUUUGUAUGGUUUUCUA